AUGUGGCCCCUGGACCCGUCCCGGAGAGAGGUGCUGAGGUUUGCGGCCAGCUGCCGGGUCCUGACUCUGGUGCUGCAGGCUCUCUUCAAUGCCUUCAUCCCAGAUCACCAUGCAGAAGCCUUCUCUCCUCCUCGCCUUGCCCCCUCUGGCUCUGCGGACCAACUCGUGGAAGGUCUUCUGGACGGCCUGUCUCGCUGGGAUGCUGAGCACUUUCUGUUCAUUGCUGAGCAUGGCUACCUGUAUGAGCACAACUUUGCCUUCUUCCCUGGUUUCCCCCUGGCCCUGUUGGUGGGGACUGAAUUGCUGAGACCCCUGCGGGGGUUACUGAGCCUGCGGAGUUGCCUGUUAAUCUCGGUAGCAUUGCUCAAUUCCUUGUUCUCCAUCCUGGCUGCGAUUGCCCUUCAUGACCUGGGCUGUCUGGUAUUGCACUGUCCCCGCCAGGCCUUUUACGGAGCACUGCUUUUCUGCCUCAGCCCUGCCAAUGUCUUCCUGGCUGCUGGCUACUCAGAAGCUUUGUUUGCCCUCCUGACAUUCACCGCCAUGGGGCAGCUGGAAAGGGGCCGGAGCUGGACUAGCGGACUCUUCUUUGCCCUCGCUACUGGGGUACGCUCCAACGGGCUGGUGAGCAUUGGCUUCCUUGUGCAUUCUCAGUGCCGAGGCUUCUUCUCUUCUCUCCUGGUGCGGAAUCCUCUGAGACAGCUCUUGAAGCUCAUGGGCUCUGUGCUCCUGUCUGUGCUCACCCUUGGGCUUCCCUUUGCCCUCUUUCAGUAUUAUGCCUACACCCAGUUCUGUCUGCCAGGCUCAGCCCACUCCAUCCCUGAGCCCUGGCUGCAGUUAGCUGUGGACAAGGGCUACCGGAUUGCAGAGGGAAACGACCCUCCUUGGUGCUCCUGGGAACUUCCUCUAAUAUACAGCUAUAUCCAGGAUGUCUACUGGAAUGUUGGCUUUCUGAGAUACUAUGAGCUUAAGCAGGUACCCAAUUUCCUGCUGGCUGCACCAGUGGCUAUCCUGGUUACCUGGGCAACGUGGACAUAUGUGACCACCCACCCUUGGCUCUGCCUUACACUUGGGAUGCGAAGGAGCAAGAGCGAUGAGACUCUAGAGAAGCCGGAUCCCGGAUUCCUCAGUCCUCGGGUGUUUGUGUACCUGGUCCACGCUGCAGCGCUGCUGCUGUUUGGCAGUCUGUGCAUGCACGUUCAGGUUCUCACCAGGUUUUUGGGGUCCUCCACUCCUAUCGUAUACUGGUUUCCAGCUUACUUGCUUCAGCAUCAGGAGCCACUGCUGAGAUCUCUAGAGUCUGUGCCUUGGAAGCCUCCUGCAGAAGACUCCCCACCAGGACAAAAUGUCCCCAGAAACGCUAUCAUUGGACUUUUGUACAACUGGAAAGCCUGUUCUCGAGUCACACGAUGCAUUCUCGGCUACUUCCUGACUUACUGGCUCCUGGGACUACUUCUGCAUUGCAACUUCCUGCCUUGGACAUGA